GCUCCUGGAGCUGUACAUUUAAUUCGAAUGUCAAAGCGUAGAAAGUAAUCUGGACAUAUCACCCCUAUUUCAGCAGCUUGGUUUAGUCCACGACCUCGUACCCGGAACUAGUUGUAAAUAUUUAUAUUUAUAGUCAGCUGACUUCCAUUCACAUGACUACAAUUAGCUGAAUACUUGUAAAUAAUCCAUGUAAUAGUUUAUAUACAGAGCCGUAUUAUGGCGGUUUAGGUGAACGUUAAUGAGGACAGAAAUAGAAGUGAUAUUUCACUAGUGAACAGCGUGUCAACUGGUGGACAAAAUGGACAAAAUCACUAAAGAUGUGGGUGAUAUCCAGUCCAGACUGUUGGACCACAGACCCGUCAUCAAUGCAGAGAUCCGCUACUUUGUGAGAGAGUUUGAGGAGAAACGGGGUUACAGGGAGAGCCGGCUGCUGGAGAAUCUCAACAAAAUGGUGCAGGAAGCAAAUGAGAAAAUACAGCCUGAAAAUUUAGAAGACAUAAACCAGCAGAUGUCUGAUGUCAUUGCACGAUUGCAGGCUGCUAAUCACAUGGCAGAGAGAGUCCAGCAGAGGGAGCAACAAGCACAGCAGAGCACCGAGCUGCAGGCAAAUAUGGAACGCUUAAAAGUUGAGUGGGCAGACUUUCUGAAGGAGCAGCAGAGAUUAAAGGAGGAGGUGGACGAGGAGCACGCCAAGGCCGUGGGACAGCUCAGCGCUCAGUACAGCGAAAAGAAGAAGGAUCUAACCAAGAUGUCGCCCUUCUAAUCAGCUGAUGUGAACAAACGGACCCUUUCUUAUUACACGAACACAUUUAUCGUGGAGGCGGUGCACAUGAUCUAUGAAAGUGUGUGUUUUGCAUUCCUGUUCUACAUGUGUGUAAAAUGAAGCUGUUGGCUUUGAUUGAUGUACUUGGCAGAAAAAGAGCAUAAAACGUGAAGGCUCUGCUCCUGCGAAAGAGUCGACAUUUUCCAAAUCAUAAGUAUGAAAUUGUGAUUAACAAUGUUGCAUUUUCACAAGUCAUCAAAAUCACAGGGUUUUUUCUUUUCAGUUUCAGCACACAAAUGGUUUGGAAUAUGCCAUUUUCAAACAAGCAAUCAUUGAUUCUUCACUGGCUGUGAAGUUUUCAACAUUUCUAGAUUUUUAAUGGAUGCCUGCCUGAAGGGUGCUGCUGAUGAUAAAUUUGCAUCGGCCUCAAGUUGAAAGGAAGCCGGAGUUUGGCACCAAAGAAAAGAUUGAAAGCAAGAUUAUUAAUGUCAGUAAAGCCCUUUUGAGCAGGUGUGUUUUAAAGCACAGGUCAAAUGUUGGAGAAAUGAGCUCAAAGUGAAGCGCUGCCAGAGCAAAUCAUCCCUCAUCAGCUCCCCCGUGUUUGGAACAUUUGACCUCUGACAUUAACAUCAAGUAAAUCAGCUGUCAUUAUAAAAGACUUAUGCUGAAACCACUUAUCAGCAGCAGUCACUAAUGCAAUAGUUUUAUUGCUGUGCACAUGCAUCAGAUUUUGGAUUGAAUUUCUUUCAGACGGCAGCAGGAUUAUAAACACUUGUCAUGUACACAUAAAAAAUAUCCUUCAGUUUUCAGUGCAUUUCAGUGUAGAGUG